AUGGCGGCAGCGAUAUCAUCAGCGAAUUGGGCAUUUGUUGCUGCAAGACGUGGACGACGACAAUGGCCUUUGUCCUGUAAUUUGUCUUCUUCGACACCAAACACAAGAAGGCUCAUUCUAUACUCGAAACCAGGUUGUUGCCUCUGCGAUGGUCUCAAAGAGAAGCUCCAAGCUGCUUUCUCUCUGUCUGGUCCUGAUUCACUCAACGACGUCACUCUUCAGGUUAGGGAUAUAACUACGAAUCCAGAGUGGGAAAAGGCUUAUCAGUAUGAGAUUCCAGUCUUAGCUAAAGAGAAUUCUGAUGGCAAAGAGGAGAUUUUGCCAAGACUGUCUCCACGUUUAAGUGUGGAACUCAUACAGAAGAAGCUACUUGCUGCCUUUAGUUGA